AUGGUGACGAGAAAGCCUGUGCCCUCGCACAAUGCCGAGCCAGCAUCUUCUGCGCCCUACCCUGCCUCUCCCACAGCACCAUCUGCAUUCAACAACCACGCGUCUGCCUACCGAGCACCACACGACGAUCCUCUAUCUCUGCAACGUACCCGCAGUAGUUCGGCCUCCUCACAUGACACUUGGAACUCUGGCUUCUCCUCGGAUCAUGAAGAUGGGAACAUUGAGAAGCCAAAGGCCGAAUCUAGCGACAUUCCUGCCUCGCUGAGAGUCGGCCGAUCCCAGCCCUCGGAGCCCCAACAACACUCGUUCCAAUCGCACAAUCCAUACCUCAAUAUACAGAAGCAGUCUCAGAACCAGACUCAGCACCAACCCUUGCCCUAUCCUUCAGAAGACAGCCAGUCCAUAUGGAGCUCCACACCCGCCCAGCCUAGUACUGCUCCUCCGCCGCCGCCCUCUCAACCACCUCCUUCGCUGCCUCCAACACCCUCGUUCGCCGCCUUAUCGUUGGAUGGUCACAUAGGUGCUGAAGCUCUAGGACCACCUCCCCCAGAAAUCCCCCAGAAGAGUACAAGAAGAAGUCUGAUCUCACAAAACUCAGCCAACCCUUGGCAGCAAGACCUCGACAGAGAACAGAACAAUCAGAGCCCUUGGACUUCUACUCCUAGUCCGCGACCGCAGCUGUCUGACGCCAUCUUCCAGCCUCCUCAAGGCCCACCUCCAUCUUUCUCCCACUCUGCUUUCUCUGACAACUUCCACUCUACGCCCUCUCCGCCGCCAGCCUCUACUGCGCCGCCCUUGGCAUUCAAUGCUCCUCCUGCUGCUCCUCCUCCGCCUCCUCUUCCUUCUACGAACUACCAUCUUUCUUCCUCCACUCCGAAAGACGCUCCCACUGUUCCUGUGCUCACCCAACCAAACGCUUUUGCUCCGCAACCUCCGAGCAACCCCCCUGGCUACCAAGAAGAAUCUCUCAUAGACUUUGGCCCCGAUCAUGCAACACAACCCCCAGCGACGAAUCCAGAACCCACCAACCCAAGUCAAUCUGAACAUAGCAACAAUCUCUCCGCUCCUAUCGAGUCCGCCGAAGAGCUACUCAAGAAACAACGUAACGAGACGUACCAGAUCAAGCAGAUCAACUGGUUCGAUGCUUCUGCCAGCUCUGAUGGCUCGAUGCGACGCACUCCAAUCCUGACGCAAAAUGCAAACGGCCCUUGCCCUCUGCUUGCUCUGGUCAACGCUCUGACUUUGUCCGCCCCAGAGUCACCAAAGACAAUUCUAGUCGAGACUCUCAGUGCUCGUGAACAAAUCAGCCUGGGUCUUUUAUUAGAUGCUGUAUUUGAGGAGCUCGCUAGGAGGACCGAAAUCUCGAGUAGAGCACUUCCUGAUGUUGGCGAUCUUUAUUCUUUCCUCAUCACAUUACACACUGGCAUGAAUGUGAACCCGCGUUUUGUCGCCUCUCCAGACUCGCCACAAGAGAAACCCGGCUCAUUCGACGAGACAAGGGAGAUGCGUCUCUACAGCGCUUUUGAAGUCCCCCUUGUCCACGGCUGGAUACCUCAUUCAACUUCAUCAGCUUACGAAGCAUUUGACCGCUCGGCCAAAACCUUCGAUGAUGCGCUCAAUCUCCAGUUUGCACAGGCCGAACUAGAACACAAGCUCGGAACUGACGGUCUCUCCGCAGAUGAACAGCAAAUGUUCGAGGACAUCAUCUUCAUGAAAGAGUUUCUCACUGGCUACCCAACUCAGCUGACCGAGCAUGGCCUAAAGCUUAUCACUGAUUACUUGAGACCUGGUCAGAUUGCUAUAUUGUUCAGAAACGAUCACUUCUCGACACUCUACAAACAACCAAGAACUGGCACGCUCAUGAAUCUUGUCACAGAUGCGGGUUAUUCGUCUCAUGAUGAAAUUGUCUGGGAAAGUUUGGUUGAUGUCAGUGGUGCAGCUGGCAGCUUCUUCUCAGGCGAUUUCAGACCUGUAGGCAAUGCUCCUUCGGAAUCUCAGAGCAACGGAGAUGGCUGGCAGACUGUUCCUUCGCGACACCGCAACUCAAAUGGUGGUGUUGGUGAUUCGAGUUCUGCUGCUGCUCAAUCACAAGCUCUUGCUGAACCUCGUGGGCAUGGGUCAGAGCAGGAGGAUGCUGAUAUGGCGUUGGCUCUUCAGCUUCAAGAAGAAGAGGAAGACGGUCAGCGCCGUGCCCAAGCAGCGCGACGCAGACAAGAAGAUGAGCUUUCACGCCAGUUUCUUGAACGUGAGUCUGCAACAUCUGGUCGCAGUCCGACUUCAGAGCAACGCCCUCCGGUACCUCCCAGGAGAAGUAACUUGGACAACAACACCUCGUCCACCGCUGCACCCCCUACAGCAGAUGCACCAUACAUCCGAGAGAGGGACGACGGUGAUGACGAGCCACCUACAUACGAGCAGGCGGCUUCUGACAGGCCAUUCCGACCAGCUGGUGCAACACGAGAGCCAAGACAGGGAGAUGCUUUGGGCGCCUUGUCAGCAUUACAGAUGCAACAAGGUCCUUAUGCCAGUUCCAAUCUCGGCAACUCAACCUCUCAACCACCAUCCAUGCAUCGCAGGCGCUCGAGUGCCAUGGCUCUAGGUCGUACGAGCAGCAACUCUCUGCUUCGAAGGCAACAGAGCCAAGCUCAACAAGGUCCUCAAGCCACGGCGCCUUCACAAGCCGCACCACAGUAUUCUGGCUAUGUUCCUCCUGGGUCGGGCGGUAGGAUGACUCAGGCCGAGAGAGAAGAACGAUGUGUUGUGAUGUGA